UUCCCCAAGAAAGCAAAAAAGAAAAACAAAAGACAAAACGGAAGCUUCAAGCAUCGACUAGAAACAGAGUGGAGAGCAAUUCACAGUUGACGAAAAGCAAAAAAGAAAGCAGCCAUCGGGUUUUUCGAACAGUCCGGUAGACGACACCCGAUCCGGUUUGUCUUCGCGAACCAAUAACCACCGAAGCAAGUUCAAGCGGCGUCGUUUCAUAUGGAUGUGUCGGAGCUUUGGGCGAUCUUCGGGCCAGGCGUAGCCGGCGCCGUGUUCGGAGCCGGUUGGUGGUUCUGGGUCGACGCCGUCGUUUGCAGCUCCGUCAAGGUCUCCUUCGUCCACUACCUCCCUGGCAUAUUUGCAUCUUUGGCGGCGUUGAUGUUCAAUUGCGUUAAAAAGGAAGACAUUGAUUACUCUCCGUACGAAGAGGGCGAGUGGAGGUUGAAGCUUUGGCUGUUCAUUGCCUAUGUUGUAGCCUUUGUAUCUCUAGCGGCAUCGGUGGGUUUGCUAAUACAGGAUUCACUUGUGACAACUGGUCCUCCAGUGUGGACAGGAGUUGCUGGUGUCUUGCAAUCAGUUUUUGUGUUGAUCAGUGGGCUAAUUUAUUGGACCGCUCACCCGGAGUAAGUAGGGAUGUAUGAGCGGUACCUUUUCCUUUGGAACCUGGAUUUCACAACUGAGGGAAUUGGCUGUGUAUGUGUAUCAUUUAACUUCUUCAAACAGUUGGACCAAGGAGACAGAAAGAUGAAUGGUAGAUAGGGUUCGAAUUCCAUUUCCAUAGUUAAUAUGGAAGGUAUUUUUCACCGUUGUAAAUGUUUAUAUUGUCCCACCAGUCUUGUUUAAAUUGCUAAAACUAAGGCAAUGCCUUUUUGCCUUGUCAAAAUCUGAGUUUGUUUGCCUGUCUUUCUUACGUUAUUUCACAACCCCGCAUGAUGUGAGGGCUUAUGAUAAUACAUUGAUUAUAUCAAAUUACUUGGUCAUGAUGAUCCAUUCAGUUA